GCGGAGCUGUAAAUAUCAGAAGCUGCACACACAGUGGCGAGCAGGAGACGGGCAGCCAGUCAGGCCUAAGAAGUGGCUGCGAACUCAGCAGAGUGCCGAGAGCUCAGGCAAGAUUACAGAACCAGCUCUAGGACAGAGUAAUCGGUGAGAGGGGAGCACUGAUGGACUAUUGAGAGCUUGUUCCUCUCAGUUGCUUUUGACAGAGGAGUUGGCACAGCUGGCCAAGUUGCUAUAGCAGUGUGGAUUUCACAGUGGGCGUCUAUUUUGGUCCUGCUGUCAGACAACGAUGUCACCUUGGACAUGUGGCGGUGCCGGUUAGAGGGAAACAGGUUGCAUGAAGUGGGCUGCUAAGUAUGUCAGAAGUGGAUAAAGACGAGGAACCUGCUUGCAGGCUGUACUUCUACUCUUGUCCUUUUUUUUCUCCAGUUGCCAGAAUAAAGCCCAGGCCACGCCACUUGACAUGUAAAGAAUUUUGCUCAGCAAAAGCCUCUUUUCAGCGCUCCAACAGUCAUGACAAAGUGCGAAAAAUAGUAGCUGAAGAAGGCCGUGCAGCUCGAAACCUAAUUGCCUGGAGUGUUCCUCUUGAAAACAAAGAGGAGGAAGCAAAGUCCAAAGGCAACUCCAGUGGCAGCUCCAGGUCUCACAGGACCGGUUCUGGACAACAGAAAAAUAAAAAACAGAAUGCAGGUGUGGAAAGUAAAGGCACCUCCUCAUUGGACAAGGGGCCUGACAAAAGCCCCACUAAAGUCCGACAGCCACGGAAAGUGGACCUGCGCGCACGUUAUUGGGCCUUUCUCUUCGAGAACCUGCGUCGGGCCGUGGAUGAGAUUUACGUCACGUGUGAAUCUGAUCAGAGCGUCUUAGAAUGCAAGGAGGUGUUGAUGAUGCUGGACAACUAUGUUCGGGACUUCAAAGCUCUCAUAGACUGGAUCCAGCUUCAAGAGAAGUUGGAGAAAACGGAUGCCCAGAACAGGCCAACUUCUUUAGCCUGGGAGGUGCGGAAGAUGUCUCCAGGACGUCAUGUAAUGCCGAGUCCCACUGCAGACAGAAUGGUACCCCCCUCAGGUGCUCGACGCACCCUCAACUUCGGAGGUCCUCCAUCAACGCUGGCUGCAGCUCGGCUCUCCCACACCGGUCCCAGCUGGGCAGACAGAGUAAAGUGCACUCAGGCCAUUCAAAGUCAACCAACCACAUCCCCUGCUGAGAAACCUGGUAAAAAAGACGCAGAAGGCUGGGAAACGGUUCACCGAGGACGCACUGCCAAACCUCGCUCUGCAGCUAUAGUUGCCAAGGUCAGUCCUGUCUUGGCUCACGCCACCCCGAAACAGGACAACGCCAAGGGUAACCGGUCACAUCUACCGCCACAGGGUCAGAAACACCUCUGUCCCGAGGGUCCCCCAGAUAAGGGUGYGACCCAGCCUGACCCUGGACAGCAAGUCACCGCAGAGCCCGACGCUCUCGAUGAGGCUGCGCAUCCAGAAAAUGGACAAAUAAUGGAGCCCCCAGCAGAGAAUAAACAAGACUCAGAGCAGUGUGUCGACGCACCUCGUGAAGAUGUGCCUCCCUCCGUAGCGUCUCUUACCCCACCCCAGGCCCCAGAGAGCACCCACCCCAAAGCCACAGUCCCUUCAUCAGACAUUACCUUAUCAGUCCCAGUCACUUCUCAGGACUUCACAGCAUCUGCUGACCCACACCAGACGGGUGGGCUCAGUAGUACUCUGAUGGUCUUUGAGGACACUGGGGCUGAGGGAGGUGCGUCACAGGGCAUGGCAACAUCUGCUGCAGGACAGGCCGAGACUCCCAUGGCAGCGGUGAAACUGGAGAGUGUGCUGGACCCCACAGAGCUUUCCACUCCUCAGUCCAUGGCAGAGGUCCUUGCCAAGAAAGAGGAGCUGGCCGACCGGCUGGAGAAGGCAAACGAAGAGGCCAUUGCCAGCGCCAUCGCUGAGGAGGAGCAGCUGACGAGGGAGAUUCAGGCCGAAAACAACGACCUAGAGACCGACAAUGAAAAUUACUUCUCUGCAAACAUAGGUGGUGGAAGUAGCGGUGUCGGUAUGGAUUGGAUUGAUCUGUUGGCUGAUUUUGACGCUCGGGAAUCAUGGCGUCAGAGUACCUCUUGGGGCGACAUGGUAGAAGAGGAACCUGCUCGGCCUCCUGGGCAUGGCAUUCACAUGCAUGAGAAAUUGUCCUCACCAUCACGCAAAAGAACCAUUGCYGAGUCAAAGAAGAAGCACGAGGAGAAACAACUCAAGGCACAGCAGCUGAGGGACAAACUUCGUGASGAAAAGACGCUUAAAUUGCAAAAGCUGAUGGAGAGGGAGAAGGAUGUGCGGAAAUGGAAAGAAGAGUUGUUGGAGCAGCGUCGCCGGAUGAUGGACGAAAAGCUGUUGCACGCUGAGUUUAAGAGGGAGCUGCAGCUCCAGGCAAUCGUGAAGAAAGCCCAAGAAGAAGAGGCCAAGGUAAAUGAAAUUGCUUUCAUCAACACUUUGGAAGCCCAAAAUAAAAGGCACGACGCUCUGGCAAAGUUGAGCGAAUAUGAGCAACGACUGAAUGAGCUACAGGAGGAGAGACAGAGGAGGCAGGAGGAGAAGCAGGCCAGAGAUGAGGCUGUUCAGGAGCGUAAGAGRGUCUUGGAAGCAGAGCGGCAAGCGAGAGUGGAGGAGCUGCUGAUUCGAAGGAAAGAGCAGGAGGCUCGUAUUGAGCAGCAGAGGCAGGAGAAGGAAAAGGCUCGAGAGGAUGCAGCUCGGGAGAGGGCCAGAGACCGAGAGGAGCGUCUGGCUGCUCUCAGUGCUGCCCAACAAGAGGCCAUGGAGGAGCUACAAAAGAAAAUUCAAAUGAAGCACGACGAGAGCAGCCGCAGGCAUAUGGAGCAGAUCGAGCAGAGGAAAGAGAAGGCCGCUGAGCUCAGCAGCGGUCGACAUGCUAACAYGGACUAUGCUCCCAAACUGACACCGUACGAGCGCAAGAAACAAUGCUCGUUGUGCGGCACUGUGAUCACCUCAGAGGUGCACCUGUUCAGCCACACCAAAGGCAAGAGGCACCAGCAGGCCGUGCGAGACAGCAGCAGCAUCCAGGGACGGGAGCUCUCCGACGAGGAAGUGGAGCAUCUUUCCUUGAAGAAAUAUAUCGUGGAUAUUCUGACAGACAGCUCUGUUUCUUCUGAGAGUAUAAAAGAUGGAGAGGAACGCCAGAAAGCAAGGAAGAAAGCAAAGAAACUCCGAGCACGGAUGAACUCCAGGGCAAAGGAAUACGAGACGUCAAUGGAAGCAAAGAAUCAGGUCCCAGACUCCCCAUACAAAGCCAAGUUGCAGCGUUUAGUGAAAGACCUACUGAAGCAACUGCAGGGCCAGGAUGGUGGUCAGUGGGCCAACAAUAAAGCAUCUGGUCUGGACAGAACUCUUGGAGAGAUCUCCCGCAUUUUAGAAAAACAGAACAAUGCGAACCAAGUGGCCUUCCAAGUGGGYGGCGGCCUGUCUGCUUUGGAGCAAAUUCUGCAGGUCAUCACUGCUGCUUCCACGCCCACCGCAGUCCCCCGUAUUCCUCUCAAAUCUCUUUGUGCUGCUGUAAAUGUCUACUAUCUGGCAUGUUCCUGCUGCAACUUCAACUGCUGUUAUGUGCUGUUUAGCAACAAGAUAGUCUUCCUCGUGGACCUGCUACUCCAUCAGCUAACACUGUAUGUCCCAGAUGAAGACAAGUCCAUUUUUGGUCGCAGCGUAAACAAACAAGUUUUUGACGGUUUGACGACAGGCCUGCUUCAGACCAUCGCUACCAUCUUGGACACUCCGCUGCACAGGUCUGAGCCGGGGCAGACUGAAAACCCAUGGAUCCCCUCCUCCGAUGCCAAGGUCAAAAGCUCUGCAGCGGAGUCCUUUACCACUCGUGCACAAGAUCUAAUCAGCUAUGUGGUGAACAUGGGUUUGAUUGACAAGCUGUAUGGGUGCUUCUUGUCAGUCCAAGGCCCUGUCGACGAGCACCCUAAGAUGUCUGCGUUUCUUCAGCAAGCCUCAGCUCUGCUGCACAGCAUGUGCAAACUGUGCUUUGUCAUAACUGGACGUGCUCCCAGCAUAUUUGACAACAAACGUCAGGAUCCAACAGGACUCACGGCCCUCCUGCAGUCCACAGACCUGGUGGGAGUGGUGCACACUCUGUACUGUAUCCUGCUGCACAGUUUCUCACCAGAGUCCGCAUCUCAGAGUCAGGAGCCCUACAGCCCCGAGGUCAUCCAGGUGGCUCUGCAGGGCAUCCGCUUCCUCAACAGUUUUGCUCUCCUUGACCUAUCUGCCUUCCAGUCUGUUCUAGGAGCCGAAGGCCUUUCUCUGGCUUUCCGGCACAUCGUCAGCUCCCUGCUGUGGUACUGUACCCAGCAUUCAUCUGAUGACCUGCUGCACGAAGUCAUCAUCUGCGUGGGCUACUUUACUGUGAACCAUCCUGACAACCAGGUGAUCGUGCAGUCUGGCCGCCAGCCCAGCGUCUUACAGAAGCUGUGUCAGCUGCCCUUCCAGUACUUCAGCCACCCGCGCCUCAUCAGAGUGCUGUUCCCCAGCCUGAUCUCGGCCUGCUACAACAACUCCCAGAACAAGGUCAUCCUGCAGCAGGAGAUGAGCUGCGUGCUGCUCGCCACGUUCAUUCAGGACUGUGCUGAAAAUGAAAAGGAUUCUAACGGGAAAAUUAAUACAAYGGUUGUCCAGUGGAUGGUGGAUUACUGCGUGUUGUCUGUCCGCUUUCCACGAGAUCAGUGGGAUUCAGCUCUGCAGUUUUUCCUCAAGAAGCAGGAGGAGUGAUGGACUCGCACAUUGUCCCCAAUUUAAAAAGCACAGCUUCGACAUUUCAAAAAAAAAAAACACUAGGAGGAUGUGGAAGCGUUCAGUUAGUUUUUCUUGGUCUAAUUCAAAAAUAACUUAAGUUCAUCAGACAUGUUAAGCCUUAUUAAAUGUUGUAUCUGUUUGGAUUUCAUGAAGAUUAUACUGACCAUAAAAAUAAUUUGCACAUUUUUUUAUGUUCGUUCAUUAAACACAACUAGCCAAGUAAGCUGUUCAGAUUGUUCUUGUUAAUCUGUUGGUAAAAAAAUUUAAAAUAUUUACUUAUACAGUAUUUUCUGAUUUGCCAAACUGUUUUUCUUAAACAUCAUUUGUGUUAAUUUAUUGUUAUUAUUAUAUUUGUUGGGGGGUGAGGUAUUUGAAUGUUUAAGACUAGAGUUCUUCUAUCAGAAUGCCAGUUACACRUUCUGUCGCACGUUUUGUUUACGAUUUCUGUCAUUUCUUUUUGUUUCAUCGCCAUGUUAAGAGCGUUUAUAAUUUAUUGAGUUGUUCACCUUUAUAAUGGUAAAUAAAGUACUUAUGGUUAUGUGUUUUUGUUUUUUGUUAUUUUUUUUCUACACACGAGGAACACUGUUUAAUUUUCUUCGGUGACUUAAAAAGCUGGAAAGUGACUUUAUAUUCAUGUACGAUUUUUUUUCUCCAGAUUGACAAUUUAACAUAAAUAAAAACGUUUCUGAAUUA